CUGGGCGGGAAGGGAGGUCGUGGCGGUGGCGGUGUCGGCAGCAGGGACAACAGCCACAGCGGCGGCCACGGGGACAGCAGCAGCGCCGGUGCUGUCAGUGAGGCCGUCGGAGAAAUGGGAGACCCAGGGCCGGAGAUAAUAGGAUCUGUCCCUCCAGCGGGGCCUGGGGCAUCUGAGUCCGCAGCGGAUGAAAAUGAAGAUGACAUUCAGUUUGUGAGUGAAGGACCAUUAAGACCUGUUCUUGAAUAUAUUGAUCUGGUCAGCAGUGAUGAUGAAGAACCUAGCACCUCUCAUAGUGAUAGAAUGCCUGAGUCUAAGGUGCCAUCCUCUGAGAAUCAUCGCCCAGAAAUGUGCUCUAGCUGCAAUGUUCCUCUUCCCAUUGGAGACAGCAGCUCCUCUGGGAGUUGUACCAGCAGUCCACAGAGGAUAGUUUCUCAACCUUCUUCUGUUGAGAACCCAUUGGAGAAUCAAAAAAAUGAUCAAAAUAAUUCAGAUUUUAAGAUCUCUGAGACAGAUACACUUAAACCAUCACAAAAUUAUCAGAAUCUGCCUUCAUCUCCACUUCUGGUCCCCCAAGAAUCUUUGGCCUCUUCACAGGUCAAGGAGGAUUUACUGCCAGAGUCUUCAGCUUCACAGCAUGGACAGGAUGCCAUCCUCUAUCUCCAGACACAAGUGGCUGAGAUGUCCCGAGUGAUACGUGAUCUACAGUCCAGGAGUUGUUUCAGAUUUCACCAUUCUAGGCCAAGUGAGAACUCCUCAGUUCCUUGGGACAUCACCUCCAAGGAAGAGAAUUUAUCCACAGUUGAAGAAGAAGCAGACUGCAAAUCCCCCUCAGCUGAUGACAAAGGACAGCCAGCUGAUCCCAGUCAGACCAGUUUCACAGGUCUUUUGAAGAGAAUGGAACAGAGAGGUGUUAUAAAGAGAGUAACAUUACAAUCUGAAGCAGAGUCAUGUGACGGGAAACCUGAUUAUGUGACUUCUAAAAAACGUCUGGUUCCUCCGCUGCAUCCUCUUCUGAGAAUUGCCACCACUGAGGUUUUUAAAGACCCUGCUGAUUGCCAUCCUUCUUCUUUCAUGGGACACAGGGUAUAUCCUGUGGCCAAGGAUACCUCUCCUUUUCAACCAAAUCCUCCAGCUGAGGGUCCCAUUGUAGAAGCAUUAGAGCAUAGCAAAAGAGGAAGCACAACAUCUCUUCUAGAUUCUACCUCAAAGGAAAUGGAGGUCAUGGGUUGUAGAUUUUACCAUGCUGCUUCCAUUGCAGCCCGAGCUGCUAGCUACAUGGCCUAUAUGACUCAAUAUCAGCGUAAACUCUGGGAAGACAUGGAGGAUCUGGUCCAUGACCCAGAGUUUGAUCGUGGAAAAGCAAGAUGUAUAAUAUCUGAUGGUAUGGAUGCAGGCCUUUGGCAGCUUUGUACUACUAGGGACAUAAUGGACUCUGUAGUCAGAGUUAUGGCAAUGGCAGUAGACUACAGAAGGCAAGCCUGGCUCCGACUUACAUCUCUCACUAAGAAAACCCAGGAGAAGAUCUCACAUUUGCCCUUUGAUGGCACUUCCCUCUUUGGACAAGAUGUGAAUGCUGUUGUUGCAGAAGAAAACAGUAUAAAAGAAAAUGACUAUAAAGACCACAACAAAUAUUAUAACCAACAUCGAUACUUUUAUAGUCAUGAUCAGAAAGCACAUUAUCACAAUAGAGGGUACUCCAAAGGAGAUUGGUACAAAUCCCGAAACCACCCCUAUAGAUAUAGAAAAAAGGGGGAAUCUCCAGAACGCCAUGGGUACAAGAAUUAAUAGCCUGUUUGUUUAGCAGUAUAGCCAUCCAGUAUCCUAAGUAUUUUACUUGCUCUUCCUGACUUAAACAGAUCUACAUGUAGGUGGUCACCUCAAAAACUGAAUGCAUGUAUGGAAUUGCUUCAGCUUACAUUUAAAUUCUAGACUCUUGGAAUGAAGUAUAUAAUAAAAUCAUGCUUAUCGACCAAGUGAGCAGUGGAGACUUUUCAUCUAAGUAGGGUUGGACAGAGAUUUACCCAUUAUUUCUGAUUCAAAGUAAGUACAGAGUAAGGUACUCAGGAAUCAGAAUCCUCUUGUGAUCAAAGAAAAACAUAAAGAUUUGUUCCUCAGGAAAAUCUUGCUGGUAAAUAUAUGGCCUGGAAAUAACCCACUAACCAGAUCUCUGUUUAACACAGAGACAAAUCCUUCAUUUUUAGGUUAUCAGUGCUUCCUUGUUCAGGCUUUGCUUGUCAGAUCUUCACAAAAUGACAGAUCUCUAUAUCAGGAUGAACUCACUGAGUGCAUACAACUCAAGCUCUGUGAGACUUCGAAAUCAACCAUGAAGCUGUAUAUCAAGAACUGGAAUUCAAGUCAAAUUUUGCCAAAUCUAGUUUGCUUCCAGUGGGAUGACUAGAUGUUACAGGUCUAUAGCGGGCACCAGCUGGAAAAAGACUUUUCUACCCAUAAUGUCUUUAGAAAUUUCAGUUAACUAUCUUCAUCAAGACUGGUUGCUAUCAUACCAUUACCACUCCAAGUUACAUUAUGAGAGAAUUCUUAGUUGUUGUCACUUACAAGCCUCUGACAUAUCAAACUCGUAUCAAUCACCAAGCUGUGAGACCCAGUAAUGGUGUUCUCUCAGGAUAAUCUGGACCUUUCAACAGGAUGACCUUCUUAAACCCACCUUCUAAACAGUUAAGAUUUUUGAGCUUGAUAAUUCAUUACACUUUAAAUACAAAACAAGAUAUGUAUAUUAGUGACCUGGAAAUAAAGGAUGUUACACCAUCUAGGCAUGCAAAUCUGAACUCUAAAAAGAGCAAGAAUUCCAAACAUGCCUGACAAUCCAGUUCUCUUACUGUCAUAAAGAGGAAUGCCAUCAAUUGAUGCUAUUGAGAAACCCAUAAGUUUUAGACUAUAAAUGUGAUGUAGUAAAGAGAACAUCUCACACAGUUCGGUUUCUGGAUAUCUAUUUAAAUGAUAUAUCCUUUAAUAAUUUCUUAAAAGUCUGAAAUCAAGACUUCAGUGACAUGUUCUUUGUUUAUUGUUCCCUUAACCUAGUCAGACUUUUACCGUGAGAGACGACCUUGGUUUAAUUAAUAGUUCUCCACUAUCCUGGAACUAGCAGCAGAUACCUCAAAUACAUGUCUCACAGUAUCUUUUCAAUCUCAAGGGAGUGGCUGUACUGUAUACCAGGCCUUAGAUCCUUGUCUUCGCAGCAUGACUUCAGAAAUGGAGAAAAUUGUCAAGUUUGAGGGGUCUGAAUACAUGACCCAGUAUUACUUGCUUGGCAGCCAAAAUAGUUUUUUUUAAUUGACAGACUUAUAACUUUGUAACUUGUUUGUCAAACAUCAACAUCUUUUUAUCUGCUUGAUCGAAAUAUUUUGGGUCUACUGUUAGUGGAAUAUAACACUGUUUUAGGAUUCAUGUGGUUUCAAUUUCUUGCCAUAGUUCUUGCAUAAUGGUAAUUGACGGUUUUCCUGGAGCCCCACUUUUUAAUAGCUUAUUGGAAUCUUAUUCUUUCUCUCCAUCACAACCAUAUUCAGCACUAUAUUUGUGCUAUAGAGGUUGAAGAGGCAAAAAAUCCCAACUUGAAAGAAGUUAUUUACUUAGAUACUUUAAGGGUAUUGUAUUAGUCCUAUUUGUAGAUUAAGUCUAAACUACAGCCUUGAGAGCAUCAUCUUGCAAGUUUGGUCAUAUCUAUGGUUAAUAUUUACCUUUAUAUUUCUGAAUUUCCACAAAGUUUUGCUUCUACUACUUUAGAUCCAUGCCAAUGCUAUAGGAACUGUCUUUCAAAUUGAACUUUAGAAGAGCAUUAAUUAACUGCCUAUAAAGAGUCAGGCCUUAGAAAUCAUACAAAGAUUUUAAUACAUGAUAUGUACUACACCAGUAAAGUAGCCUUAUGAUCCAUCAACAUGAGACUACAGUUUGUUCUGUGAAAGGACUAGGCACUGGAGAGAGAGAGAGACCUUGGAACUGUUCUGUAUGGCUGCACAUAGGUGUUCCAAAUUAGCUAAGGCUACUUCAGAGUGCUCCCACUUUUCCUUUCCUUCCUUGAAUUAAAUACUGGGCCACAAACUCAAAGGUUUUUGAGGUACUCUUAUUUUCCAGAAACCAAGCCAAACUAAAUGAUGCUUUAAGUAUGAUUUUUUGAAAUUGCUUUGGCACUUCUGCUUAAUAUGCUCCUCCUUUGUAAUUUUUUAUUGUGGUUUAAAGAAGACAACCUAAAAUUUACCACAUGAACCAUUCUUAAGUGUAUAGUUCAGUAGUAGUGUUAGCUAUACGUACAUUGUUGUGUGUAGCUCCUCCUUUCUUAAAUAUUUCUAAAACAGCAUUGCUAUUCUCUUUCUAUGUUAUGUUGCUCAGUAAUAAAGCUGAAAACUUUGCUUUAUCACUCUCUAAUUGCUAUGUCCAAGCCUCUCCAGGGGUAAAAAGGUAUUUAGAAAUUAUUGAAUUUCGAUAAUCAAGUAGGUAACUUCUGAAGGGAUUUGACAAUUGAGUGGGGAUAGGGACAAAAUGCUGUAGAGUUGGGACAGUUUGUAGUUAUAAAUUAGUUUCUUGACUACAGAAGAAACAUCCUUAACCUGUUUGAUUUUUGUUAUUUUAAAGUCUUUCUCUGCAUACUUGAAUGAUGAUGGUGUUAUGAAACUAAAAAUGAGGACUUGGUCUAGGGAGACAACCCCAGUAGCGUGUGGAACUCAUAAUUAGAUAAGUUUUCAUAUUGUGCCUGUGAUGUGCAGAGCCUGUGACAAAAUUCUCCAUUAGGCUAACCUCUUACGUUUAAAUACUUUAGGUUUUCUAGGAGGCCUUGGAAUAAUUGUAAGUUAAUAAUUUGGUAUUCUCAAAAGGGAUGCAUCUAAUGAUCCUUUUUCUUCAAAAUGUUACUUCUUGACUAGACAUAAAAUAUAUGUGGACACAAUAUGAUUUCUUGUAGCUACUGUGUAUGGAGAAAUACUGUUUCCAUUAAUUGUUAUAUGAAGUGCCUUUUUAAAUUUCACACUUGUUUAAAAGUUAACAUUUUGAUGUCUUGCAUAUGUUGCUGGUGAUAAGUGAAUUUUGUACAGUGAUUUUUAAUCUUGUAGUUUAUUCAUUUGUACAAUUAAUUGCACUAUCUAUAUGUACUCUCCUUCUGAAUGUUUUUUUAUAGCACUGUUUAUCCAUUUCAGAAGGUUGUAGAGUAUGUCCCUCCUUUAUUUAAAUAACUUCACAAUAGUACUUUUUAGUUAAUAGUGAUUGGCUCAGUUUUUUGGGCAUUAAGGCAGCUUUGUUUUCUAUCUGUAGAUUGUAGGCUUUCUGAUUGAGUCAUUUGUCUCCUAUCUAGCCAUGGUUACACAACUUAUAUUUGACAUUAGGAAAAAGUAGUAAAUUUGCCGACACUUUAUCUUUCUAUUUUUUUUUUAAGACUGUGUGACAGCUUCCUUAUCACUGUAAUUGCAAUUUAAACUUUUUAAAAUUGUGUGGCAGCUUCUUUAUCAGUAUAAUUUUAUUAUUUACUUAGUUCUCAAAAUUGCAUUUGAAGGGAGCAUGAACUCUUUCAGGCUACUUGGAUACUAUUUAGUAUAUCACAUUAGUACUGUACUGAGUGAUCUGAUUAGUAAUAUCCUUGAGGUCCCAAUACAUACAGGAUAAAUUCUCAAUUACCAAAUAUAAGGAGGUUGGAAUAGGCACAGUCCAGAAUCCCUUCUAGUUAUAAAAUUGGAUACAGAGUUGAAUGACAUGGAUGAACAGCAUUAAAUGCUACAUUCAGUAUUCUUGAGGAUGUAAUUAAUUGAUAGGGAUUCUAAUGAAGGGUUGAAAUUAUGGAUUAGAUCUUUGUAGAAAGAGUUUUAAAGAUUGCAAUAAUUGAAAACUUUUUUUAAAAAAAUGUGAGGCAUAUUUUGCCCGUGACUUGCACUAUUUAGGUUCCCUCAUCUUUUGAAAUUUAUAAUUUUUUACCUAAUGUUUACCACAAGUCCAAUGGUCAUAUCUGUAUGCAUCAGCCAGAUCCAUUCUAUAUAGUUUUUCAUUAGUGGAUACACUUAACAAAAAUAUACAGGCGGAAGUUAUCAGUAAACUGAUGAUCACUGCAUUGAAUGCAAAUAGUUAAUUUUUUCAGAUAAAACAAGUUUUGUAAGCCAUUAAAAUACCCUUAAUGAAAUUUUUCUUCCUGGGUGAAUGAUGAGAAUAUUGUUUUAUUACAUCUUUUUUCUCUUAUUGAUUAGUGGGAUGAUAUUUUUGUACUGCUUUGUCUUUUCAUUUGCUUGAUUUUAUAUAAUGAAAACUUUUUUAUAGUAUUGUUUGGUACCAUUGAAGUAUCUUAUUACUGGAAAUUAUGUUUGCUUACAGUUGGCUAUAACUGGAAGUAAUCAGAGUCCAACCAUGACCUUUUGAUGGUAGCAUAUCAGUUCAUUCUUUGUAUUCAUCUUUUCUUCUUUAUGUAACACCUCUUUCUACAAUGGUGUCUGAUCUUCCCUUAAUCUCUUUUAUGUAGAUUAUAUUUUUCAUUCCGGCCGUAUAACUAGCCAGGAUUUUGAUGUGGCUUUAUGUUUGUAUAUUUAAAUUCAAUGCCUUCGGCAUUAUUGUAAGAGAUUUUCUAGUUUUCUCUUAUAAUGUCUUUAAAAAAAAAAACAGUAGCGAGUCCAGUCUCUUAAACUAUUCCCCAUCUAUUGAACCUUCAUUAGUUUUUAAUGCUUUCUUGUUUAAUGGUAGUAUUAUUUUCUCAUUUCUAUAUAUUCUUCACACAAAUGUAUUAUUACAUAUAGUUUGUGGUCAAUUGCAUCUUUUCUCUGUAUAAAGAUUUUAGGGCCUUCACCAUGAAUUUAUAGUACAGUUCUGAGAUGUGUACUGUAUCUUAAAGUUAGCCAGUUUUCUCUAGGUCUUAAGGGCUUUACUGGUUUUGUUGAGGUAACUGUCCAUUUCAAAUGGUCUCUUAGACUUUCUGAUGCCUUGUUAAGAAUUCAACAAGAGUUCUCAGGUUGUCUGUACUUUUAGGACUUUGGAGCUCUCUCAAGUUGUAUUGAGUUUUCAUAUAUUCCUGAAUAUAUUCCUUGGUAGAGGUGAAGUAAAUGCUUUAUAUCUGGUAAUAAUUUUAAAAUUUUUCCUCUGACCUUAAGUAUUUCAAGGGUUAUUAUAUGAGUUUUGUUAGUUGUCCCUUUAUAAGACUAACUUUGAGAUGCUAUUUUUCCCCCAGGAGCUAUCAUAUGCUUUCUGUUUUGUUUCCCCCGCCCCCCGGCCCAUAAGAGUGGUUCUAUCACAGCAUUCAAUUUUAAGGGCUACAAUUAGACCUCUUGUUAACUCCCAUUUUUAUUUAUGAUGACUAUGUUUCACAAUACUUUCAUUUAUAAUGUAGUAAUGUGUUAAAAUAACUAGUUGGUUUGUGGUCAACUUUAUCUGUACUUAUUUUAAUUAGUGAAAUAACAAUGAUGUAAACGAUGGGGGCAAAACAUUUUUUGUCACCAGUUUUAAAUUUCCAGUUCUAUUUUUUAAACAUUUAUUUACAUUAAGCUUCCUGCUGUUAGGUGUGCAGCCCAUUCCUUUCUGUCUUGGGUAGAAUAUAGUUAAUUUGUAAUUAGUCUCAUUUAGAAUCUGAGCACAGAGUUGCAUGCAUGUUGGUCUUUGUUUAAUAGCUUGAAAGAGCACAUGUUUUCUUUUACUUUUGGCAAAAAUAUAUUUUGACAGAUCUUGGAAGCACCUUGAUAGCCUUGAGUCUAAUUGUCAUCUGCCUGAGAAGGAAGUAGAGGAGAGAAACUUCAUUUAUAGAACUUAUAUUUACUAGGCUGCUAAUUGCAAGGCACUCAAGGUGGACAUUCACCCUUAUUUUGUAGAUGAGGAAAUGAAAUUUACCAAUAAGCCACUUGUUCAAGCAGUGGAACUGAGCUUUGAAUACAGAUUCUAUUCCUUCAUAGUCUCAAGUCAACAUUGUACUAGGCUGCCUCCCUGUGUUUUUCAAGGUUCCACUCAAGUCUUACCUCUCUGAUUAGCUUAUUUGAGAUAUACUAAUCUUUGUCUUCCAUGAUAUACACUAAUCUUUGAUAUAUACCAGUAUUUGUAUUUGUCUGUACUCUCGUCCCUUAGUAUUUGAUGCCUUAUAUUAACUAAUUCCUGGUUAUUUCGCUUGUCAGAUAAAAAAAACCCGAACAUCUUAGUUCUCCCAUUGAAGAUUAUUCUUGAUGCAUAGUCAUUAGCUUCUCUUUCAUAUGUUGCUUAUUGCAUCCUACUUAUUUUCAGCACUGAUUAAGUCAGUGGUGGGGAAAGUCUGGCCCUCAGGCCACAUAAGGCUGUGAAAUCAUUUGGUCUGGCUCUGCCAAGGCAUUAGAGGUGAAUUAAUUAAAUGUUUGACCAAAUAAAGCAGGCUAAUUUUUAAGUUGAUAAUUUUGUACGGCCCGAGACUGAUGAUAUAAAUAUCCAACUGGCCCAUGGCAGAAAAAAGGUUCCCCACCCCUGGUUUAAGUAAUGGUUCUUACUGCUUUUUUUUUCUCUUUGUUCUGUCCUUUUUGUUACACCCAUUUUGUUUGAGAUAUACACUUAAACAUUUUUUUUACUGGUAGCUUGAGGAUAUUGGCUUAAUGGAAGGAAGGUAGAAUGAUGCGAAGCACAUGGUAUUUGAAUUCCAAACACCUUGACCUGAGUAUUAGCAAGUCACUUAUUUUCUGAGCCUCUGUUUUUCUACUUUCAAAUGAGGUAAUACCUAGAAAUACUUUGAAAACUCGAAAGCCCAAUAUAGAUUUUCUUCAGUAGUUCUGCUAUUUCUGUUCAUAUUGGUAGAUUUCUUGUUACUGUGGGAUGGUAUUGAAUAUAAAUACAGAUACAUUUUAAGAUGUAUUUAAUAGCAUGUAAUAGUUUUGUGUCAUCAGAUCAUGUUCUUGUUUUCAGUUUUUUAAGGCUGAAUUAGACUAUAUUGCAAGCCCAGCAAUGGACUCUGAUUGAAAGACAUUUAAAUAAAAUAGUCUCUUUUCUCAAGAGCAAGCUAAGAAAUGUUCAUAAUAAACGAUAAAAAAAUUAAAGAGAAUGUAGAAUGAAGAGCUAGGAUAUGUAGUUAUGUGUAUACAAUUUUUGAUGGGUGGUAUUUUGUCAUUUUGUGUCAGGGUUGAGAACAGUAAUCUUUUUAUUUGUCAAACAUCUCUCAAUAAUUGCCAUGGUCAGGCAGGUACUGAGGAAUGUCUGGGGAUGCUGGGAGUUAACACAUUGCGGACCAGUAGUUUUAUUGCUAGCUUUACCCAGUGGCCAGAUAAGUUUCUCUUGAAUGAGUACA